AGCGGAGCCCGCAGUCCCUACCAGCUCACAGCCAGGCGUUUCUCUCCCUACGGGUCGAGGAGCGCGGUGGCGGCGGGUGAUCGUACCUGGGGACUUGGUUCGGAGGGACGUUGGCUUCUGGCAGCCGGAUUGAAGACAGAACCUUUGGGUGGCCCAGAGAAAGAAAACCUGACUUGAGGCCCAGCUCUCAGAUUUCUGUGGAGACACUGCCUGCUCAUCGAUAUCAUGGCCCUCCACCCCCGCAGAGUUCGGCUGAAGCCCUGGCUGGUGGCCCAAGUGGAUAGUGGCCUGUACCCGGGGCUCAUCUGGCUACACAGGGACUCCAAACGCUUCCAGAUCCCCUGGAAGCAUGCCACUCGGCACAGCCCCCAGCAAGAGGAGGAAAACACCAUUUUCAAGGCCUGGGCUGUGGAGACAGGGAAAUACCAGGAAGGGGUGGAUGACCCCGACCCAGCUAAAUGGAAGGCCCAGCUCCGUUGUGCUCUCAACAAGAGCAGAGAAUUCAAUCUGAUGUAUGACGGCACCAAGGAGGUGCCCAUGAACCCAGUGAAGAUAUAUCAAGUGUGUGACAUCCCCCAGCCCCAGGGCUCGAUCAUUAACCCAGGAUCCACUGGGUCUGCUCCUUGGGAUGAGAAAGACAAUGAUGUGGAUGAAGAAGAUGAGGAGGAUGAGCUGGACCAGUCACAGCACCACGUCCCCAUUCAGGACACCUUCCCCUUCCUGAACAUCAAUGGUUCUCCGAUAGCACCAGCCAGCGUGGGCAACUGCAGUGUGGGCAACUGCAGCCCUGAAGCAGUGUGGCCCAAAACGGAACCUCUGGAGAUGGAAGUGCCCCAGGCACCUGUACAGCCUUUCUACGGCUCUCCAGAGCUGUGGAUCAGCUCACUCCCAAUGACUGACCUGGACAUCAAGUUUCAGUACCGUGGGAAGGAGUAUGGGCAGACCAUGACCGUGAGCAACCCCCAAGGCUGCCGGCUCUUCUAUGGGGACCUGGGUCCCAUGCCUGACCAGGAGGAGCUCUUUGGUCCUAUCAGCCUGGAACAGGUCAAGUUCCCGGGGCCGGAGCACAUCACCAAUGAGAAGCAGAAGCUGUUCACCAGCAAGCUGCUAGACGUCAUGGAUAGAGGACUGAUUCUGGAGGUCAGCGGGCACGCCAUCUAUGCCAUCAGGCUGUGCCAGUGCAAGGUGUACUGGUCUGGGCCAUGUGCCCCAUCACUUGUUGCCCCCAACCUGAUUGAGAGACAAAAGAAGGUCAAACUGUUUUGUCUGGAAACGUUCCUGAGUGAUCUCAUUGCCCACCAGAAAGGACAGAUAGAGAAGCAACCACCAUUUGAGAUCUACUUAUGCUUUGGGGAAGAAUGGCCAGAUGGGAAACCCCAGGAAAGGAAACUCAUCUUGGUUCAGGUCAUUCCAGUGGUGGCUCGGAUGAUCUAUGAGAUGUUUUCUGGUGACUUCACACGAUCCUUUGACAGUGGCAGUGUCCGCCUGCAGAUCUCAACUCCAGACAUCAAGGAUAACAUCGUUGCUCAGCUGAAGCAGCUGUACCGCAUCCUGCAAACCCAGGAAAGCUGGCAGCCCAUGCAGCCCACCCCCAGCAUGCAACUGCCGCCUGCCCUGCCAGCUCAGUGAUCAUGAAUGCCAUCUUCCUCCUCUUUUUUAUAAUAUUGUACAUAUGGAUAUUUUUUAUUUUUCAGAUUUAGCCAGCUUUCAAAAGCCUUUCUUCUAACAAUAUUAGUAGUCUCUGACUCUCCAAGUAUGUCUAGCUUUUAAAGUUGAUUUAAUUUAUGAAAAAAAUCACCCUUCAUACUUUCCUCUUCUUUAAACCUCCCAAGGUAGUAUAAUGUAGUAUCAAUAGAAGGAGAUUUAGCCUGGGAGUUUGGACAACAGGGUUCUAACUGCAGCUUUGCUUCCAGUGGGGUGGUGUUGAACCAAGUCAUUUAACCUCUGGGCUUUAUAUUCGUUACUGUAAAGUGAAGGAGUUAGAAUGAUGCCUGAAAUAAUGCCAGCUUUAAGACUCUGACUUGAUGACUUCAUUCUAUUUGUACAAGGCAAAACUGCCUGGAACAGAACCCUUCUGCCUUGUUCUUGUGCCAUGGUUUUUUUUUUUUUUUUUUUGCUUUCAUUAAAGUCCCCUGAAGCACUGA